AUGGUUAAUUUAUAUCAUAAUUCACAAACUCUCUAUCCCAUGUUUAAUUCAUCUUCAUUCAUUAAUAAUAAUAAUAAUAAUGAUUCAAAUGUGAAAGAUUCCUUACCAUUAUCAAAUAUUUUAGAAAAAUCCACUUCAUAUAAUUUAAAUUUACCACAAUAUGAUAUAUUUCAACAUUCAUUCAUAUAUCAUAAUCCAUACAAGGGUAAACAUUUAAUACCAACAAAAUUAAUGGAUACUAAUCAUAAUAUUAUUAAUAAUAAUGUAACAUCUGAGAAAUCAACUAUAUUAUCACAAAUUAAUUAUGGAUUAGAAAAUGUUUUAAUUAAUGAUCAUCAUUUCUUGAUAAAUCAAUAUUCACCAACAUCAUCGUCAUCAUCGUCGUCAACAACAACAUCAUCACCACCAACAACAACAUCAUUAUCAUCAUCAUCAUCAAUGUAUCAUUCAUGUACUGAUUUAAACAAAAAUUAUUCAACAUCUAAUUCUAUAUGUAUUGAAAAUAAAUUAGAAUAUCCGAUAGAUUUAUCUGUACAUUCAAAGAAUCAAUUAGAAAAUAAUGAUAAAAUCGAUAAUGUGUCAACGGAUAAAAUAAUUGGUCGAUCAUUUGAAAUUGGUAAUCUAUGCCCGGAAUUACAUGAAUCUAAAAAAGAAGUAAAGAAUUUAUCUUCAACUAUGAAAUUAAUGAAUCCAAACAACACUAAUACCAUAGCUACUUCUUAUCCCUCUACUAUUCACAGUUUUACAGAUAUGCAUUAUUCAAAAAAUUUAUCUCUAAACUCCAAUAGUUUUCUAGGUGGAGCUUUAUCAUCAGUCGAUGUGCUUUCAAAUAAAAAACAUAUUUAUGCAAACAAAAAGCAUUCUACUAACAUGGGAUGUUUAAAUCUAUUACAAGGAAGGUCAGAUUUCGAAGCAGCAAACGUUCUUUUUGCAUUCAACUAG